AUGAAGCGAUGUUCAAGGCUGAACUUAACCAACUCACUCACUUAAGUACAUACUGUCUGUAUUCCCUUGGUUAUCUGUUCAGCAGGCUACCUUUCAAGUUAUAUUUCUUCCGAGGAUGUCCGACUCUGAGUGCCAGUCUCGCCGUUUGCCCACGUUGGUCACCUAUUGUCAGCGUGUCCUCUCUACAUACACAGAUUCUAUAAGCAGUUUGGGAGACGAUGCUAUACGGUAUGAUGUGAUUAAGCCGGUGCUAGAAUGUUGCUCUGCAGAUACCCUUCUUCGUCUGGAACAAUCAUCACCCUAUCUUGAGAAUGAUACCUCUGAAAUAUGGCAACGAUUAUGUUGGAAAUCAUUUCCCCUCUUAGCCGAACAGUAUUUGCAAGAAGGCUCUGAGGCUCCCGAAUCGUGGCGCGACCAAUUUUUCUUAUUACGAGAGGCAGAGGCCGAACGGCUUGAACUAGCAGGCUCUCGGCUCCGCAGUCAACGCAUGGAAGCGGAAGAACGGAAGAAGGAACGUGAGCCUCCCCCGAAACGUGCUCGAGGGUGGGGAGCACCGAGUCAACCCAAGACACUCUUUCAGAAGACUAAGAAUGAAGCCACCAAAUUCCGUAGCUCCAUGUACAACGCUCGUCUCCUUCCUCCUAAGCGACAGCGCACACUGCAUAGUUCACCUAUCACCUACAAGCGACCGUCUACCCUACCCGCCCCGCCUCAGUCGUCUGGCCGACCUCCUACGCCAUCGAUUUCAGCCCCCGCGUCUCCUCCGAAACCGGUUGCCUCUUCUCCUGCUCGCCCAUCGAAACCUUUACCGACAGUGAAGCCACCAUCCACAGGGGAACAGCGGCCGUUUAAGCCCCCAGUAAACAAGAAGGACCCUAUGGCUUCUCUGUUCAUGCCAAAGCAUCGCACCCUUUCCCAACGUCCAGGACAGACCCGAUAA